AUGAAUUUAUUUGAAAUUUAUCCUGAAAUGGAUCAGGAAAAAUCCUUUGAUAAUCUCUUGUAUAAGAGAGUCUCAUUUAAGAAUAGUGAAAACAAUUAUAAGUUAUUUGGAUUUGAUAAAUGCUUUAAAAAAAGUAAAGAAUACAAUACUAUAAGGGUGGAAAAGUUUGUUUAAGAAUUUUGCUAUUCCAUUUCAAUAAACCAAUUAUUUUGACAACAGAGAAUUAAAUUAAAGCUGUCAUUGUAAUGAAUGCGGAGGAAAAGUUAAAAAGAAAAUUUUGAUUUGUAACCGAGAAUUAAGUAACAAUCAAUUCUCUGCUAUCAAAUCAAGAUAUCCAGCAUCACCUAAGUUAUCUAUUUAACCUCAAACAGUUAGACCCUCAAACAAAGAUCUGAGUUUAAUUGGUUCCUCAGCUCAUUUUAGUAUUAUAUUAAUUAAUUUUAUGCGACAAACAUCAGAAAUAGGUCGUUUAGAGAAGUGCCAGAGAAUCUCUCAUUCCAGUUAUCUAAUUGAUAUAGGCGUAAAACCUAAUGAAAAAAAUAAGUAGAACUCAUAAAAUAGAGCAAGAUUUGAAAUCUAAAAUCAACACUUAAACUGAAAGCUUAUUCAAUAAAGUGCAGAAGAAACUGGAUGACAAAGAAGACAUCUAGAGUAAACAUAUUGAAACCUAAAUUUAAAAACCUAAAGAAAUUGAUUUCACUAAAUAAAGAGAUUUAUUAAAGAAGAAAUCCUUAAAACAAUCUCCAAAUUCAGUUCAAUAUCGAAUAAAAACAGAUGUAUCUAGUUACUAUUUUGCUAACCAGUAAAAAAAACCAAAUUUUUAUUUACCAAAUCUUAGCAAUCUUGAAAACUUAAAAAAAAACAGCCUUAGCAUUUUUGAAUCUAAAACACCAAGAAUGUUGAUCAGAAGUGAAAAAUACAAUCUCAAAUAACCAUUGACCCAAAGACUAUUGGCUACUUACUUAAAGAAAAGCAAUAGCAAAUUAUUAAAUAAUAAUAAAAAAUAAUGA